AUGGAAUUGACGCCGCUGGAAUACGUGGCUGCUUCCAAGAGGGAGCGGGCGGGAGGCAACCACCGCAAAGCCGCAGCGCUGAUGUGGCAGGCGACUCAGGCCACGUUUGUUGUGUUGGCCGACGCCCACGGCGUGAAGUGUCCAAACCUCGACUACAUCGACCUGAUCGGAGUUGCCAGAGCUUUGGAAGCGAAUGGUUCGGUUACUAAGUUUUACUAUCGCAGUGGGCUUGGUCCAGGCUCACUCCUGAAAGACCACGCCGAAAUGGACGUGCUGGAAAGCUAUCAGUUGGAACUGGCUUACGAAACAGCCGAACAGUUCAUCAGGGAAUGUCUAGAUGAUCAACGGGCCGACUGA